GUGUCAUAUGACCAGCACUCAGCUGUCAUUUCUGUUUUUCAGCUGCUGUUAGCAAAGCUACCACCGUUAGCUUUCUCAGGUUUUCUUCACUUCAUCCGACAAUGGCAACAAUGGUGGCAAACAGGGCGAUGGAUGUCAACGGUUUGGCAGCAGGAGCGAGGACACACACCCAGGCUGUGACCAGGAAUUACAUCUCUCAACCCAGGCUGACCUACUCCACUGUGUCAGGUGUAAAUGGACCUCUGGUGAUCCUGGAUAAUGUGAAGUUCCCCCGAUAUGCUGAGAUCGUUCACCUGACCUUGCCGGAUGGCACCAAGAGGAGUGGGCAGGUCCUGGAGGUCAUCGGAAGCAAGGCAGUCGUCCAGGUGUUUGAGGGAACAUCAGGCAUUGAUGCCAAGAAGACGGCCUGUGAAUUUACUGGUGAUAUCCUGCGUACCCCAGUUUCAGAGGAUAUGCUGGGACGUGUGUUCAACGGUUCAGGCAAACCCAUCGACCGUGGACCCAGUGUUCUGGCUGAGGACUACUUGGACAUCAUGGGUCAGCCUAUCAAUCCUCAGUGCCGCAUCUACCCAGAGGAGAUGAUCCAGACUGGCAUUUCAGCCAUCGAUGGCAUGAACAGUAUUGCCAGAGGACAGAAGAUCCCGAUCUUUUCUGCUGCUGGCCUGCCCCACAACGAGAUUGCUGCCCAGAUCUGUCGCCAGGCUGGCCUGGUGCAGAAAUCCAAGGAUGUGAUGGACUACAGUGCUGAGAACUUUGCCAUUGUCUUUGCCGCCAUGGGGGUCAACAUGGAAACUGCCCGCUUCUUCAAGUCUGACUUUGAGGAAAAUGGCUCCAUGGACAACGUCUGCCUUUUCCUGAACCUGGCCAACGACCCCACCAUUGAGCGUAUCAUUACUCCCCGCCUGGCACUGACUACAGCAGAGUACCUGGCCUACCAGUGUGAGAAGCAUGUGUUGGUCAUCCUCACUGACAUGAGCUCCUAUGCUGAGGCUCUGAGAGAGGUCUCUGCUGCACGAGAAGAAGUGCCCGGUCGCCGAGGCUUUCCUGGCUACAUGUACACCGAUCUGGCCACCAUCUACGAACGUGCUGGUCGAGUAGAGGGCAGAAAUGGCUCCAUCACCCAGAUCCCCAUUCUCACCAUGCCCAACGAUGAUAUCACCCAUCCAAUUCCUGAUCUGACUGGAUACAUCACAGAGGGGCAGGUCUACGUUGACAGGCAGCUGCACAACAGACAGAUCUACCCACCUAUCAAUGUGUUGCCCUCACUGUCCCGUCUGAUGAAGUCUGCCAUUGGCGAGGGGAUGACCAGGAAGGACCAUGCUGAUGUGUCUAACCAGCUGUAUGCUUGUUAUGCCAUUGGUAAGGAUGUCCAGGCCAUGAAAGCUGUGGUGGGAGAAGAGGCCCUCACCUCUGAUGACCUGCUCUACCUUGAGUUCCUCCAGAAAUUUGAGAAAAACUUCAUUGCUCAGGGCCCAUACGACAACAGGACAGUAUAUGAAACCUUGGAUAUUGGCUGGCAGCUGCUGCGAAUCUUCCCCAAGGAGAUGCUCAAGAGGAUUCCUCAGAGCACACUGGCUGAGUUUUAUCCCAGGGAGUCUGCUGCUCGUCACUGAGGCACAUUUAGGAUGCUCUGAUUGUUGCCCACCACCCUCCCAUUCCCCCUGUAUUCCUUCCUUUCACCUCAACCUACAACCCUUGCACUUGCAGGGGCUUGAAGACCAAUGUUAUCAAGUCUUCAGCCAUCCCAACCCUCUUAUCCUCUUUAUCCACUGUUAUUACCUCCAGUUUGUCUCCUUUCCAUGAAUCAGCUAAGCUCUACAUCACCACCCCACUUCUCCCUUACCCUAAAUGAGAACAGGGCAAUAAUCUCUCAUGUAGAUGUACUGUAGUGUAUUUGUGUCCAGACGUCGUGUAUGGAAAGUGUCUGUGAUUGUAAUAUCUACCCUUGAUUGCAACAAAGCAAACAUAUCGUUGAAAUUUUAGAUCAGUCCUUAUUUAUUGGGUUGUUUUACUGCUGGAUCUCCCACUUUUCUUUCUUCUUCUUUUUUUUUCUUAAUAAAUACUAUGUAGUAUCCCCCAUUAAAACAAGAGGUUUUCCACUGAAGAAAGAUGUAUAUGAAUAGAGGGUUGUCAAGAUACCAAAUACGCUAAAUACAAUAGCCCUGCAGUCGGCGCUAGUUAAGUAAAGCUGAGUAGGUUUUCACUUUUAUUGAGAUUGUCAGAGAUAUUGACUCUACUUACCUGUCAUUUCCUAAACUAACAGACACAAACUUAAAGCUUCAUACAUGUCGCCAUUAUGCUAUUCGCUGAGGGUUUAUUGUCAAAUGUUCUCUUAUCUUUAUCACUGACUUGGUAUUGUUUAAUAACAGGCUGUAUGUUUUUCAGUGAUUUCACAUUUUCUCAUGACAACAGAAAAGCAUCCUUGGUAGACACACAAACUUGAGCUACAAGCAGAGAUCAGAAGUUUACUGAAUGUUUUACCCAAUACAUUGAAUCUAUUUUCUCUCAUUGAGGCCCUCUUGCCUCCUCUCCCAGCUCACAACACAGUGGACGUUUACAUUAUUUGUGUUUUGUUGUUUGAUUUGUGUUAUGAAAAGACAACUAUAUAAGAGUAUAUUAUACAUUCCCAUCUGUCUGAAGAAACUAAUUGUGUUGCAACCAGAAUGGUUUUGUGAGUAUGUGUUCAUGAAUUAAUAAAUUAUAUGAAAAAGA